UCUGUUGAAAUAUCGUGUAUUGAUUUUUUUUUUUGGUUCCGUCUAUGUUCGCUCAAGAACUUUAAAUACGAAGAAAAGUAAUAUUGGUUUUCCGUGUCUGGCGUUAUAUUUUUGAUUUAAAGUCAGUUUUUAUGAAAUAUGUGUAUUGCUUUUUUACUUCAAAAUAAUCGAGGAUCACGAGCUUAUGAGUUGUCAAUAGAACAAACAUCAUCUGAUCAAGAGUGUUAAGACUUGUAUAUCGAUAUUAUAAAUUGCGUUAAAACUAACACUAACAGUUAAACUUAUCUAAACUACUGUGAUUUAGUCUGAUGCUAACCAGUACCAUAAUGUGGAUGUGCCUUUGGAGCUGUACUUGUAAUAAAUAAUUAGUAACCUGGAUUUUGAACUUUGAAUUUUGUUUAUCUGUUUUAUCAUUCACCUAAUCUAGACUGAUGGAGAACAACUUCACAAGCUUAAUGUGGAUGACCAUUGCCAAUAAAACUAAGUCUGAUUCCUUUACAAAGCAUUCUCGAGUUACUCGAGAGGCAAAUGAUGAUGUUGGAGCUCAGUUUAAUCUUAAUGAUUCUAAAGUUAGACAGGGCUUCUACAUUGGACUUUCACUGGCAAUCAGUUCUAGUGUAUUUAUUGGAUCUAGUUUUAUUAUAAAGAAGAAAGGACUUAUCAAAAUUAGUCGAAUGGGACAGACUCGAGCAGGUUUCGGGGGGUAUGGUUAUCUGAAAGAAUGGUUGUGGUGGGCUGGAUUUCUUUCAAUGGCAAUUGGAGAAGGUGCCAAUUUCGCUGCUUAUGCCUUUGCGCCAGCAACUCUGGUGACUCCACUUGGUGUCUUGAGUGUUUUGGUCAGUGCAGUCCUUUCUUCAAGACUUUUGGGAGAGAGACUUAAUCUCCUUGGUAAAGUUGGCUGUUUACUGUGUAUCCUUGGGUCCACAGUUGUGAUCUUGCAUGCUCCCAAGGAAGGUAGUGUGUCCAGUAUAGAAGAACUUGGAGAUAUGUUGCUGCAGCCGGGGUUCAUCAUAUAUGUAAUAUUUGUGGUGGUAGUUAGUAUUGCAAUGAUCUGUUACUGUGUCCCAAGGUAUGGCAGUUCAAAUGUAAUUGUCCAUAUCAUCAUCUGUUCUGUAAUUGGAUCACUUUCAGUCAUGGGUUGUAAGGGGUUGGGUCUUGCUCUUCGUGAAACUUUUGCAGGAACAAAUGAAUUUACAAAAUGGGUAACCUGGAUUUGUGUCUUCUCUGUGAUCUUUUGUGUAGCUGUACAGAUGAAUUACCUGAAUAAAGCUCUAGAUCUCUUUAACACAUCUGUUGUUACUCCUAUCUAUUAUGUAUUCUUUACUUCCUUUGUGAUUCUUGCUUCGGCUAUCUUGUUUCGAGAGUGGGGGAAAAUGAGUGCCCAAGAUAUCCUGGGUACUUUUGCUGGUUUUUUUACUAUCAUCUGUGCUAUUUUUCUCCUGAAUGGUUUCAAAGAUUGGGAUAUUUCUCUUGCGAGUCUCAACUCUCUGCUCCAACAUCGGGAAGGGCCACCAGUCACCAUAUCUGGGGAGGCAACUAGCCCCACCACCCUACUUCUUGGUAACCACUCACCAAACACCAAAGAUGAACUUCGGCGAACAGCAUCAAGCUCUAGCUUGACUGCAUCUGGUAAUAACUAUCACUCUACAACCUCCUUAGCUGUUGGAAGUAUAACAAGCUCAAUGUUUGAAGACAGACAAUAAAGCUUUUAUAAUAAGCUGUUGGAACUCUUUCUUUCUCUUUAGAAUAUACUAUUGAAUGUAGAGCAUAGAUAUUUUUUGCUGCAAUAUAUUUGAACUUGCAGAAUUUGUCAACUGUAAACAUAUCUAGAUAAUUUUAUAAAAUUCCAUACACAUGCUUCUAUGUGUAAGUUGAAAUUGAAAACAACCCAAAAUAUAUAUACUUUGAUGACAAUGGGAAUUUUAGAUAAGUCAUAGAAAUAUGAUGGGGACAAAUGGUCUUUUAAAUUGAUUUUACUCUGACGUUAGAAAACAACCCAAAAUAUAUAUACUUUGAUGAGAAUGGGAAUUUUAGA